AUGCAUUUCCACAUUGGCAUGGAGUUCUAUGUAGACCUCGAAUUGGUUUGUCAUGUGCUCUGGCGACUGAGCAUUGAACACUGGGACCGAUUUCAGCAAUCAGGGCACCAGGAAGAACUCAAUUCAUCCCUGUUUCAUAGACGUAUUGCACUUCGACUUUGUCCCGAAGGACAUCCGGAUCGCUGCAUAAUAUUGUCUCGCCUUCCAUUAAUUAUUUUCACACAAUUUAAGCGAUGCGGGAGAAUAGAGGAUCUAGAGGAGUCAAUUACGCUUCUCUACACUGCCUUGGACAUUUGCCCAGAUAAUCAUCCCGAUAUUCCUACUACCUGGACGGACGGGACCCUUGAUGAAGCGAUUGGGCAACUCCGUGCUGUCCUGGAACAUCUCCCCGACAGCCAUCCUGACCAUUAUUUGUCUCUGUGUAACCUUGCGAAUUCCCUUAAAGCCCGAUUUGAGCGGUAUGGGCGGACUGCAGACCUUGACGAGGCCAUCAAGCAUUUCCGCACUCUCUUAGGGCUUCGACCCAAUCACCAGCACCUUCGUUCCACGGCACUGAAUGAUCUUGCGGUAUCCCUUCAAACUCGUUAUAUACAUUAUGGACGGGCUGCAGACCUUGAUGCCUCCAUCGAUCAUUUCCGUGCUUCCCUGGACCUUUGCCGUGACAGCCCUCUCUCUACUUUUUUCUCCCUGAAUAAUCUUGCAACUUGCCUUCGCAGUCGAUUUGAGCAGUAUGGACAGUCUAUAGACCUCGAUUAUGCUAUCGAGUAUCAUCGUACUUCCCUAGAGCUUCUACCAGAAGGCCAUCUCCAUCAUUCCUUAUCCCUGUGUAAUCUUGCAACAUCACUUCGAAUUCGGUUUCGACAGCAUCGACAGACUGACGACCUUGAUGAAUCCAUCAAGCUUAGUCGUGCUGCCUUGCGCCAACAAUCUGACGACAACCCCGAGCGUUUAAUACCUUUGAUCAGCCUUGCAAGAUCCCUUCAAUGUCAAUCUGAACAGCAUGAACAGACUGCAGGUCUGGAUGAGAUCAUCGAUAAUUUACGUGCUGCCUUGAAGCUAGUACCAGAUAGCCAUCCCAAACGCCCCACAUGCCUGAGUUGCCUUGCAACUUCUCUUCUCUCUCGGUUUAAACAGCAGAGACAGGAUGCAGAUCUUGAUGAAUCCAUCGAGCACCAUCGUGCUGCCCUAGAACUUUACGUCGACGGUCAUGUCAUGCGUUCUCAAUCGCUGUCGGACUUGGCCCUUUCAUUAUUCUGUCGAUUUGAGACGUUCGGGUCCAUGGAUAAUCUUGAAGAAUGUAUACAGUUGCUGAAAUGUGCCACCGAGUAUGAAUUCUCCAGCUUAAUUCAACGUCUCCAUAUCGCCAGACAAUGGACUACUGUUGCCCAAAGUCAUGCUCACCAUUCAACGGCUAGAGCAUACCAGGUUGCUAUGUUUCUUCUGCAGCGUGUGCUCGUCAUCAGGCCCACUCUUCAUGCACAGCGCGACUUUCUGGAAGAGGAAAAAAACUACAGAACACUCACAUUAAAUGCAGCUGCAUAUGCUAUAGAGGGUAACAGGCUGGAAGAGGCUGUAGAGAUACUUGAGCAAGGAAGAGGUUUACUCUGGUCGCAGAUGCGUGGGUUUAGGACGUCAUUGGACGACCUUGCCGAAACAAACAGAGAGCUUGCUGACAGGUUCAGGAAUGUUAGCCACCAGUUGGAGAGUCUUGUAACAUCACCCACGGAGUUGCAGCUUGAUUCGAGUAUUGCCGGAAGCAGCUCAUCUGUGUCUAUGCAUAGAGAACAAAUCUUGUUCGAGGAGAAGCGAAAGUUAAAGAUGCGACUUUCUAAACAGCAGGAGGGACUUAUCAACGAGAUACGACGACUCCCUGGGUUUGAGAACUUUCUAACAGCUACGCCGUUCAGAGUACUCCGGCGAGCGGCUUCAGAGGGUCCGGUCAUUGUGAUAAACCAUUGCAAAUAUCGAUCUGAUGCGUUCAUUGUCCUCUACAGAGAAGACGUGGCGGUUGUUUGCGUCCCCUUAGAUAGAGAGUUCUACCAGGAUAUCAUGAAGUUGUGCCUCGAAUUCUGUAUUACGCGGGUACAUUCAGGAGUUUCCUCUCCAGAAUACGACACGAUACUCUGCCGAAUAAUGAAAACAUUAUGGGACAGGGUGGUCUCGAAGGUCGUCAAAAAGCUGGAGGAGCUGGGGAUUCCUAAGGGAUCGCGCAUAUGGUGGUGCCCUACGUCUGUGCUUUCCGCUCUUCCUUUCCAUGCUGCGGGGCCCUUUGAGGAUGCGGAUGGCGCUGCAAAGUAUUUAUUAGAUGACUAUGUGUCAUCGUAUACUCCGACACUCGGAGCUCUCAUCAAUGCUCGGUCGAGGGAAAACACCAGAAAACCUACAAUGCUUAUUGUUGGCGACACUAUAACGCUUAAGUCGACUGAAGCUGAAAUUCGUGCCAUUCAUAAGAAAACACAGAGCUAUGUUCCAUCUCACACAGCGCUUCUGAAUGAGAGAGCGAGUCGCAAGAGAGUGCUGAAGCGCCUGCAGAAAGCAACAUGGAUCCAUUUUGCUUGCCAUGGGCAUCUGGGGCGUGGAUCACUCGACUCUUCUUUUAGGCUCUCCGACGGCGGAUUGACACUGCUUGACAUCAUCCGAGCUAACCUUCCGAACGCCGAGCUUGCAUUUCUUUCUGCUUGCCACACCGCAGAACAGUACCCGUGUUAUUCCUACGAUGAAGUACUCCAGUUAGCUGCCGCUGUGCAAUUUAGCGGGUUUCGGAGCGUGAUUGGGACGAUGUGGGAAAUGUACGAUCCGGACGGCCCUCUGCUUGCUAGCGAAGUUUAUUCAUACAUGGGGAAGUAUGAAGACGGUGAAGUGAUAUAUAAGCGGUCUGCGGCUGCGCUUCGUAAAGCCGUUUUGAAAUUGCGGGUGGAGGAUGAUGUCCUGACGGAGCGAUGGGUUAACUUGGUGCACAUUGGCGCUUAA